AUGUAUUUUCAAGUUCCUUGUAUAGAUGGCUUAAUUAUUGCAUUUGUUGUAACGUUCCAUCCGUUCUGCAUGAUAAUAACAUUUUUUCAAAUUCAACAUGCUACAUUAACUGACUUACUGACCAUACUUGAGCGCCAAAUCAAACAGAUGUUCGAGAGUUCGUCAGGAAGCCGGCUAGGCCUUACACUAAUGUCAAACAUGCUUCUAAUCAACAAAUGUGCCCUUGGAGCUGCCCCAGCAAAGAAUCCUAGUAUAGGCCAGUUCUCCGUCAUUUUCACAAGAGGCAAAAGAACAAAGAGCAAGGGCGGUCUACCACCUCUAGCUCAGAGGGUCAUCACCCAACUUAGUGUGUUAUCGGCCAGCAGAAAACAGCCCAAACUAUUAAAACUUUCAAGAGAAGAUUUGAUCAAACACGAAACGAUACAGCGCUGUUGGUCCACAUACCAAGCAGAGCUACGUGCAAAGCGUAACGAACAGCUGAAGUUGCAGUACAAGAGCAUUAGCAAAGCAAUGAACCUGCUGAGUGAAUUGAAUCCAAAAUUAUACGAAGCUGCCAAGUCAGAGGAGCAAGGUAAAAGAUUCCCCAUGGACCUGAGGGUCCCGACAGAGUACCCACCAAACAAAAUUUGGUAUCACGCCUUCAAGGAGAAAGAGUAG